AAUUAUUAUCAUACCUAUCUGAAAAAAAAACAAUUAUACGUGUACCCUUUUAUUUUAUUUGGUAGGUUUCUGUAUUAGUAGUUCAGUAGUAUUUGCAAUAAUCUUACUAGUAUUUAUUGUGAAAAUGGCUUAUACUUUUCGCACGCUCUUGUUUCGCACCUGAGCAUGUCUCUAGCUUCUUUUAUCAUCACUGCUCCUCAUAUUAACAACUAGUGGUUGCAGUUACAGGCGAUGAAAUGGCCACAAUCACUGCCACACAGCGUGUGGUGAAUAAUCAUCUGACCAACUUCAAUUAUCAUCAUUUGUCAAGUGUAAUCAAAUACUUGAAUAAUCACCAACCGACACCGCAACAACCGCAACAGCCUAAAACAUGGACAACAACCAAUGCAUUGUCAAUAUCACAAAGAUAUUUUGAGAAGAUUGCUCCAGCAUCUGUUGGCAUUCCAGCAUUGAUGAAUCAAAAUUUUUAUGAUAUGCAGGAUUCUGGUUCAGAUGCAUCUGGUCACGAUGGCUAUGGAAGACACAGGAGACAUAACAGGGACAAGGAACCUAUAUUUCAAUGUCCCGACUGUGACAAAAGGUAUCGCUCUAAAACCAGCUUAAGUCUACACAAACGUCUUGAAUGUGGAAAAGAACCAGCCUUCCAGUGCCCAUACUGCCCGCUCAAAACACAUCAGAAAGGUAACCUACAAGUGCAUAUAAAAAAGAAACACAAUGAGCACGGAGAACUUAAUAGGACUUAUUAAAUUAUAUUAAUAAAACAACAUUGGUCUGAUGAACAUUUAGAGAGAUGAUAGUGCCAUCCUCCUAGAGUCAUAACUUUUAAUAAAUUUCCAAGGGACAUAAACAGUAGAAAAAUUCCAAUUUUUCUGAAUACACAAAGCAAAAUUGCAUAAAAUAAAUUCAAAAAUGGUUCUAAAACUCAUUUGUUUAAACUAUAAUUGUUGGUCUAUCAUAUUUUUUUUUUACUUAGUUAAAGAAUUUAAGGUUGAUUGAUGAACUAUUAAUUAAUAAAAACAUCUCUAAUAUUAAUAAUACAUUCUAAAACUAACCUAUUAGCUAAUUUAUUAUUUAUAAAUAAUAAGAAAUACAUCGGUAGAUUUAUUUUUCUUUUAUAAAAAAUUAUUUGGUCUCAUUUUUUUUUUUUAACUAUCCCAUUUACUGGAGUAUUAUGAAAACAGGGUGUUAUUUUCAUAUUUACAUAUGCUCCUCAUAGUUCCCUUAAUAAUACAUUAAGGUUUUCUGACAAUUGAAUAACUUAUGUUUUAUAUCAAUUUAUGUAUACGGUGUUAAUAUCUUAUUAAUAUAAAAUGUAAACGACUGAUGUAUUUUUCUUACCAAAAUUAUGUAACAACUUAAUACAUUUUAAUUUGACCCUUAGUAAAGUAGCUUGGCACUCCAUCUGUAACUGAAAUUCACAGGUGAAAAUGAAUCAUCCAAAUCAAAUCGAAUGUAUAUAAUAUAUAUAUUGGAAAAAAAACAGUACAAAAUAUGUGUUCGUUUAAUAUAAGAGUACACUCUUGAUAACAAUUUAUUUUAUGGACCAAAAUGUCUGCAUAUCUAAGUUUCCAAACAAUAACAAAAUCAAUUAUGUGACCAUUUAAUAUUUUUGAGGGUUGCGUUAUGAAUGACAUAUUGGUACUUCAUGCCGUCCAUGUAAUCAUAUAUUAUAAUUUAAUUCAUACCAGUUUUUUUAAGUACAAAUGAUAGAUAUAAUUAACUUAAAGAUAGUUUUUCCUUUAUGAUUGUAAUAUUUUGUUAUAGUAUUAUAAUACAUGUUUAAAAAAUAUUUUAUAAUAGGCCAUUAUUUUUUCUGAAGUUACCUAUCCCAAACUACUAAGAUAUUUAGGUUACUAAACAGCUUACAAAAAUGUGCCUUACACUUGGCUACCGUGACCUACUCUAUUUUUGUUUUCUGGUUUUAUACACAUUCAGUUCAAUGAGACUCAUAGUGGGUGGUGAUAUCAUCUCUUAAAAUGUAGUAAUAAAAUAAAACACAACAUUACUUUCCAAAGAAUAUACAAAUUAUAAUUAUUUCAUUUUAAAAAUGCAAUGUUGCUCUCUUGACCUAAGAUCUCUGAAGAUAUAUAUAAAUAUAUAUAUAUAUAUUAUUAAAUAUUAUAUAAUAAAAUUAUUUAUAAAAGUUUAAUUAUUAGCAAUAAGAAACAUACUGUCUGAAUGUUAAAUCUAAAAAAAAUCUACCUCAUAUUACUACGAGUAGUUUAUCCCAUUAAUGAGUGCAAUUUUUCCUAUUUUAUAAAAUGUAACUAUGUAUAAAAAAAAGUUAUACGUCUUGUUCCUAGUUACUUUUUUAAUAUUUAUUUACAUAUUUAUAUAUAUAUAUAUAUUAACAUAUUAUUAUUUUUUGUAAUUUUAUUUUUUGUAGUACAUCUACCUCAUUAAUAGCUUUAAAAAAACAAAAUGUACAAACAAUAUUACUGUUCUUUUUUUUUAACUAUUAUUUAUUAUUAUUUUUACAUCACUUAUUGCAUUAGAUAUAAGCCAUCAAGACUAAACCAACACUUGAAGUACAAAUAUGAGAUUGCAGGAAUUUAUUCAAAUUAAUAAUUUUAAUGUAAUUUGUAGGGUAUUAUAAUAUUCAUCUAGUUAGUUUAUACAGGGGUUCUUUUUCGUGUAGCUACACAUUAUUUUACUAGAUUUGCCUAUGUGAUUUAGAACCUUGCAUAAGUUUUAUUUUUCCGGUGGUAAUAUUGUUCCUAAUACCAAAAAUAUAUGUUAUAUGAUUCCUACUAUGGAGGAAAUGAGAGGUAAUAAUCUAGAAACAAUAUUAUGAUAUUAUAUUUUGCUUAUAAAAAUAAACCCUAGAUAGAAUUGUGUGCGCUAUAGUUCAGUGUCAUUUUCAAAGCAAUAUAUUUGUAACCUAGUUGGACAUGAGACUUAGACAAAAGGCAAUAACUUUAUGUAGCAAAUAACUUUAAUAUCUAAGCCCAUUUAACAAAUUUGUGUUAGAAUUAUUGAACCCCAUAUUAUUGUUUUUUUUUUUUUUUUUAAAAAUCGCAAUCAUUGAAGGUACAAGAUUAACUUUUAAUAAUAAUCAACUUAAAGUACAAACAAAUUCUAAAUAAUUAAUAUGGUUCAACCACAAUAUUGUUAUGUAAAAUAUGUAUAUAAUGUAAAUGGAUAUAUUCUUAAAAUGUUUAAAUUUUUAUUUCUUCCUUUUAUACUUUAUUUUGUAAUAACAAAGUCUAUACCACCCCACCACCUCAGUACAUAAGAUCAUAA